UGUUUGUUUUUUUAUUAUGUCCGAAACACUGUGUCCGAGCGGUUCGCAUUUAGUUUGCACGUGCGUCUUGAUUAAAGUGCAAGUUUAUUGUCAUUUGACUCAAACAGCUGAAGUGCCGUGUUGUGAUUAGUGAAUCAUUUGCUGUUUUUCUACCGCUUUUCUAUUAUUCUAUGGUAGAUCAGAUUGACAAAGUAUCAGUGUUAAACAAAUUUAUGAGUAGACUAAACUUUAUACCGUGUUUAGUGAUUCAUACAAAAUGAUUAUACGAGCCUUGCUAGCCUGUUUGGCUAGUGGUGUUUUAUAUGAAGCAACUGCGCAACCAGUCGAGUGUUUGAAAGAUUGCGACACCGGAUACUUCUGUGAGGAAGGAACAUACGUGUGUAAAAAAUGCAUCGACUGCGCGGAGCUGAAACGCGAAACACUGCCGGGGGCACCUUCGUGCAUACAGACUGUGGCCGAUUGUGGAUCUUGCCUCAAAGGGUUGCUGCCUGACUUAGGGACAGGCAUUGGUUGUGUCUCAUCAGACUCCCAACCCGACGAGGGAUUGUCGGCCUACGUGUGGGUUGCAGUGGGUGUGGCACUCGUGGUUUUAUUUAUAUUUGUGGGCAUUAUUGUGGUGUACGUCCUGCGAAACACCGAUACUUUCAAGAUCCUAGCAUGUGAGUAUACAACGCGGACAUCAGUGCAGUCUCCAUGCAACAGGAACGGCGCUCCAGCCACCGCCCCUGAGGCACCUCCGCCGCCUUACAAUGCUCUCUAUUCACCUGUCAGGCCCUCUUCACCACCUCCCGAUAAUACUCAUAAUGAGUCAUGGGGCUUUGUGAAGCGCGCGGGUAGCGUCCGUUUGGGCGCGGAGGGUCGCGAAUCUGCCGGAAGUCAGGCAGCUCGUGUCUACAACAAUCCAAGUUAUGUCAGAGGAGCACAUCUCAAUGACUUGCCCAGUUAUGAUGUAACGAGUGAUGAUGAAAGGGACCCAAUCCCUCACGAUGAGGAUACCAUGGAGAGCACUUGGACACCCACACCACAAGUUAACACGUCUAGCGGAAUAUCAAAUGGUGCGGGUGGAGAGUUGUCAAGUCUGUUGUCUGCCGCGAGACACAACAAUCUCGUGCGCACACCACACGCUGUCACCCAAUAUUGCGCUGCACAGGAUUCCAAUAACAACCGUAGCACAGGAGACGCCAUGGGUGGCGAGGGUCCCGCCAGCAGCGGACCUUCCUUCAUCAUCAACGUCGUUCAGAGCAUCAACGCGGUGCAGCAGCAGAACGACGUCAAGUUAUAGUUAUUUGAUUUAGACUUCCCGUGUCUCUAUUUUAAACCUCUGAUGAUAUUUUGCUCAAAAAAAAAUAAAAUCCCUCCUUUGCAAAUUGGUUAAAUUAAAAGGAUUUCGAAUAUUAAAUGUUUAUAAAUGUGACCGUUGGUCGUGUGGGUUCGUUUCACUGGGAUUAAAAAAAUCGGGUUGGAGGGAAGGCUGGUCCUGCCAGUACCAAAAAAAAUCGUAUCUACGAUUCUAUAUAAUAAAUUAAUCUUUAUCAGGGGUCUGAAAUAUAUUUGUCUAUUUUCGAAACGCUCAAAGAUUGUACUGACUGUAUCAAUUUUUAUGUGUAUUGUAAAAUAUGGCUUAAUACAAAGAUAUAGUUACAAUGCACAAAAUCCAAGGUCUUUGUUUAAAUGAUGCAUUUAUUUGAGAUUAUUCGCAUUUACUUCUCGAUUACUGCCAUGUUUAAUGUUUUGCAAGAAAAAAAUACAAAAAAAUAUUAUAAAUAAUUUAGUUUUAAAAUAGUAUAUACCCUAAUUUUACAGUUGCCAUUUUUAAAUUUUCGUUUUAUUCUCAGUGUCGCCAGUGUUAAAAACAUUUUUCACUUACGUAUAAAUAAGAAUUUGGGUGUAUACUAAUAACUUAUUUAGCAUGUGAUUUUAUUUGUUAUAAUUAUUGUUAAUUUCGCAUCGUUACUUAAGGUAAAUUAGGCUUAUGUUAAUGAAGAGUAGAAUAUAAAUAGCUAAGCUAGAACAAUUUCUAGAAAUGUUAUGUUUAAGCAAAAUUAGAUUUGAUUAAAUUUUAUAAGUCUGUUGAUUUUUAAAAUUGGUGAAUUAUUUUGGUAUUUUAGUCCCGUAGUUAGUUUGACAAAGUAUUUAACGCUAACUUAAAUAUUUAUGUCAAAAACCGUAGUCUUCCGCGAUUGUUAGUGUUCGAUACUUUGGACUAAAGAAGUGUCUACAAUUGUUACGAUUCCAUGUCAAUUGGUAGAACUUAUUUUGGUAGAUCCCGGGCUUUUUGCAUAAUAGAUAGUUCUAUUUUAGUUUUAUUGCUCAAGUCUGCGCUCAAAUGUACGUGAUUUUACCAUUUUAGGAUUGGUGAGAGUGGAUCUGAGAUAGAUCUCAUUAUAUAAUGUCUUCCUAAUUAAGAUUAACAGGUGCAAAGAUUAAAAGUCGUUCUUCCAUUUAAAAUUGUAUGAAUUUAAGCGCUAAGUACACUAUUACGUAAUUUGUUCAAUAUUUUUCAGGUAUUUUGUAAAUAAAAGCUUAUAUGUACGGACAAGCUAUAUUUAUGUAAAGUUCUCUACGUUAAGCUUUACAGAGAAUACUCUCAACUUAUUUGAAAGGUGCUAGAUUAUUAUUGUUGGGCAUAAUGCUCCAAGGUACUGCCAAGUCUUUAAAUAAAAUAAGCCUUCGAUUUUGAUGUUUUGUUCUGUUUACACUUGUGUUACUUAGUGUAAACAUGACAAAACUCGUAUAUUUUAUAGACAAACGAUAAUAAUGCAUAAUGGGGCAUCUUUUAAGUUCUGAUAUUCUAGAAAAUGACUUCUAAAGUGAGAAUUAAACUUUUUUGUUAAAAAAAAGACUUUGCUGUACCUAAGAGCAUUGUGUACAUCAAUAAGAAAUCAUCUCCCAAAUAAGUUCAUGGUAUUCUCUGUAAGGCUUAACGUCUUGUGGAACUUAACGAUACGAACACGAACGAUAAGAAUUUCUCAUUUUUAACUUAAGUAAUGAAAAUCAAUUGCCUUAACCCGAUGAACUGGCUGUGAUGCACUUAUUAUGAAGCAAUUUUAUUGUUAUUUUUUUAUGUAAAAAUUUUCCUUAUAGUGAAAUAAAAUUGACCAAUGCCUCUAGUCAGGUCAAAAUGUGUAAAAUUUAGGGAAUGUUUUUACUUAAUAAAGGAUUUUUUAUUGA